CAAUUCUUUCUGCGCUCUCCCACACCACCACAUGCCACCGUGGGUAUCCGCCGCCAGACAAACAACGUGGAUGGAGAAGCCGUCAACGAAGGAAGAAGGGGAAGCUCAGAAGCAUUCUCUCCAGACCAAUUGCAAAGACUUCUUCCAGUCUCCUUUCGGAUGGGUUCAGACAAUGCUGACCUCACCCUUGCGACACCACAUAGCAGCGCCUUUCUGGAGAAAGAGCUGGGGCUUGGACGUUUAGUCCAACUGAAUCCACGGCUAUGGUUUGCGGGACGGCCAACGCCGACACGCCCCCUCCACUAUCAACGGAUGCUCGGCAGGGAGGUCGUCGUAGCCGAACAGAUGGAUCUCCAUCUCGUCUGGACGGUAGGGCUCUUCCACAUCAAACCCAUUCCACGAUUUCUGCUGGCACCCAAUUUCUGGACACAUUGUCUCUCUUGUCAAGGCCACCGGUGCUCACGAACCACUUUGACACCCUGCGAUCGUCGGAGACUUUGGAGGUGUGCCUUGGGGUUCCUAUUCUCCUACGCUGCGCUGAUCUGCCACGAGAGCGACUUUCAAUUUGCGAAGGACAACCGCCUUAUUCCCAAGGAAGUCGAAUGGGAUGACUGGAGGGAGUUCGCCGCAGAGCUGAGCACGGAGCACAUCUACGCUCAUAUCGAUGAGUGCUUCUAUUACGGAGAGCUGCGCCUCAGCCGGUUGAACAAGCCGCAAUAUCUUACCUCUUUUCGUUCUUAUAUGCCUCCAUGGAAUUGCUAUGGAGAUUUCUUUCACGACCAGUUCGCGUGGCUCACCUCGACAACAGUGUAUAUCGCCAUGGUUCUCACAGCGAUGCAAGUUGGCCUAGCUACUACACAUCUUGCUGAUAACACAGCCUUUCAGUCGGCUUCUUAUAGUUUCACCAUCUUCUCAAUUUUGGCGCCUCUUGCGUCUAUGUUUCUCGUUCUGGCAACCUUUUUGUAUAUGUACGUGUCAAAUUGGCUAGCGACUUUGGCAUUUCGAGAGCGUAGACUUGCAGACAUUCAACGACCGACCCAAGUCUGA